GUUAGCGAUCUAUUCUUAUAUAAAGCCCCGGAAUCUCCUUCGAGUCAGAUCUACACAAUUAGACCAUACCUUCAAUCUGACGAGUCGUAUGUAUACGAUGUCUGUCGGAAGACAUAUGCUUUGGAAAGAGAAAACAUCACUUUCGAGGAAUCAGAUUUUGUUGGCGAUAAACUUAUCGGCGGUUUCUUGACUUUGAGUCCAGAGUAUUGUUUUAUAGUGGAAGACGAGAUGGGAAUCUGUGGCUAUGCUUUGGCCGCUUUAGACGCUCAACAGUUUAAUAAAAAGCUAGAGAUCUCGUGGACUCCAGAGCUGAACCGUAAAUAUCCGGCGCCGACAGAGAAGUUAAGCGCCGGACAGAAGUUAUCGCCAGUCGAAGAGUUAAUUAAUGACAUGCACUCGAAUAAUGUGGUGAAUAACGCAAUACCAGAAAUGAUUUGUAAGAACCAUCCAUCGGUGGUUAAAAUGUCUGUUUUGCCGCAUAUUAUGGACUUAAGUGUUCCCAAACGGAUACUCGCCUGCAUUAUAGCCGCCCUUAAAGCUAACGGUUCUGUUGGAGUGUUUUCUGAGAUCCCGGCGUCUGAUAAGAAAUUAUUCGACUUUUAUUCCAAACUCGGAUUCUUACACAUCCAGGUGUCCAACGAAUUGCCUAACGAUUGCUCCAUAUUUAUGGGUCGAACAAGUCUUCAAAUUAUGUUACAAAGGAGU